UGGCCCCACGUGUAGACAUCCCAUCCAAUCCUACCCAAUCGAACCCCACCUCCCAUCUUCAUCCUCUCUCUCCGCCUACGGGCUGUGAACGGAGACUCAUCUCUUUGCUGGCAUGCGUAGACGACGUGCAUCGAUAUACUACUAGUUGUUUAUACACAUGAAUUUCUAUAUAUACUGCGGCUGUUUACAUCUUUUUGAGUAAAUAGCAGUUUCUAGCUCGUUCCCCGUAUACGACACCGUAUGGUGGUCUCUUCUUCCCCUCCUCAACCACUUCAUGCUUACAGCCACAGCCACAGCCGCCGCCGCCGCCGCCGCUUCUUAGGUUUUGUUUGUUUGAUCACCUGUGAUGCCGCAGAAGAGACAGCAGCAAAACGAUUGCAAGGCUCCGUCGGACGGAAACCCUUCCGAGGACAAGCGCAGGAAACUCCCUUCUCUCAGAAAUGUAAUACUGGAGGUGAUGAGUUUGCGCAAAGUCCAGCUUUGCGUGGAGCCGGUCCUGGAGCCUUUGAUUCGUAAAGUUGUGAAAGAAGAAGUUGAAUUGGCUCUAAGAAAAUAUUUGAGCAAUAUGAAUUGGAAUACCGUGAAAGAGAGAGAGUCUUUUGAAUCAAGAAGCCUACAGUUGCAAUUCUUACCCAAAAUCUCUCUUCCUAUAUUCACCGGAUCUCGUAUUGAAGGAGAAGAUUGUAACACCUUAACAGUGGCUUUAGUUGACGGUCUUACUGGACAAGUUGUUUACUUUGGGCCUGAAUCCUCAGCAAAGGUGGAAAUUGUAGUUCUUGAGGGAGAUUUUGAUGGUGAUGAAAGAGGAAAUUGGACUCUUGAAGAGUUCAAUAAUAAUAUUGUUAGAGAGAGGGUAGGAAAGAAACCCCUUCUUACUGGCGAUUUAUUUUUAGCUCUCGAGGCGGGCAUUGGUUUAGUGGGGGAGGUUUCUUUUACAGAUAAUUCAAGCUGGACAAGGAGCCGUAAAUUUAGGCUGGGCGCAAGAGUUGUCGAUAAUUUUGAGGGAGUCAGAGUAAAAGAAGCAAAGACUGAAUCAUUUAUUGUGAGAGAUCACCGUGGAGAAUUGUACAAGAAACAUCAUCCACCAUCUCUGGAUGAUGAAGUAUGGCGGCUGGAAAAGAUUGGAAAAGAUGGUGCUUUCCACAAGCGUUUGAAUCGGGAAAAGGUCAACUCUGUGAAGGAUUUUCUGAUUCUCCUGUUUCUAGAUCCCACAAGGCUUAGAAAUAUCCUUGGCACAGGUAUGUCUACUAAGAUGUGGGAAGUUACUGUAGACCAUGCUCAGACGUGCAUACUUGAUCCUAGGUGGUACUUCUACUCUCCAGGAUCUCAGCAGAAAACUGGUGUGGUCUUCAGUGUUGUGGGACAAGUGAUGGGACUUCUUUCUGAAUGCCAAUAUACCCGUCUUGAUGAUCUGUCCGAAACUGAAAAGGAGGACACCCAUAACAUGGUAAUAGCUGCAUUUAAAAACUGGGAGAAAGUUGUCUCUUUUGAUAAUGAGGCCUCACUUAUCAAUGCCUCAGCGCACUUUUUCAGUAACAUUCUGCACACCAACUCAGCUGACAUUAAGGUUUUAACUUCUCAAGAGAUUGGCGGAUUCGAUUAUCCCCAAGUAAGUGUAUGUUCCCCAGAUAACAUUCCAUCCAUUUAUUCUAUGGGAAGUGUGAAAAGAUUGGAUGAUUUUGGAUUGCAUGAUAUCGACCAUUUGGAUCUUAGAUACGACGAAACUUUGAAUUUCCAUGGUCAAGUUGCAAACUCCCUAACCUGUGAACCCGAGUCUGUUACUCGAGCCUUCUCUGAGGAUGAGGGUAUGCAAUAUUUUGGUGCUGAUGGUUCCUUUCAAUCUGGGAAUUCUUGUUUUGAGUCGGAUUUACAUAGUGCUGUCAAUGGAUUUCUACUAUCUCGUUCUGCGUCUUUUGCUCAGAGGAGAUGGACGAUGGUAUUCAGCGUGUUGAAGUGGUUCUCAAUACGGAGGAUUGUGGCCAAUAAAACCCAUGUCAGAAGAUUUUGUUGAUUGGCAACCCAGAAAAUGAAAUAUUUUCAUAGAAAAAAUGUAACUUGCUUUGUAGUAUGUGCUGCCCGAUAUCGUGUGCAGUUGUAGGGUCAGAGGGAGUUUUUCGCUUGCUGUGUAAAGAGUAUGCUGUACAACUAGUAGUUUAAGGCAUGUUUACUGUUGGUUUGUAGGUGGUUUUGGGCUUGAAUUGAGCUGUAAAAUGAGAUAAUGGAGCUUUCAUACCAUAUCUUCAAAUUCAAGGGAAGGAUAUGUUUUAAAGAAA